CAGAGAGAAAUCAGCCUGACCCUGUGGAUCUACAGCAUGUUCUCUCAUAGUCUGCAGUUGCUCCAUUCAUUUAUUUUAUUCAAAAUGGCCUUAAGAAUGUCUUUACGAUGAAAGACGCUGUGCAGUCAAGCUUACAGCAGUACGUUGAGAGGGACUGUCUUUCUUUGUCAGAAAAGGAAGUAUCUGAUGGACUGGAGAUGACAAGGAUAACGAGGAAAAAAAACAGAAGGACAAGUGGAGAAAAAAAGGUGUUAGGGAGGGAAGAGAGGAGGGAGGAAGGAAGGAGUGGUUGCCAUGCCGGCAAACGGAUGGAAGGGGAGGGGCAGAGAUCAGGGAUCACAGAAAACAGAAAAGAGGGAGGGAGGGGAGUGAAGGAAGAAGGGACGGGCUGACUCGUAUUACAGCGCCGUGGCUACUAGGGUUGGGUGUAAUCCUAACCCUAUACUCACAACACACAUAGUCAACUCCUGUAGUCACGCUCUUGACGACUGACCAAGAGCGGGAAUCAAGGAAUCCUCAUCAGCACAAACUUUGUUAUCAUCAGCCUUUCUCUGUGUCAGGUCGUGUGUGUGUUCAGCAGGUGUGGACUUCCCUUCCUGAUUCUUACUUUAUCACCUGUGCUGAUCAGCUGACUGGAAGAGCCAGACAGCUGUCAACACCUGGACUUUUCUUUUCUUUUUUCUUCUUUUUUUCUUUUUUUUUAACUACACCGACUUACUUGGCAAGGCUGUUCUUCAACACCAAUAAUGGCGAAACACUACGGCUGAUAAAAUUCUUUGAUGCACAGGCGUCAACUUUGUCACUGAGCGUUUACACACCCACAACAGAGGAUUUCUAUUUGGAACUUGUAGCGGGAGGACUUCACAUGCAAGUGUGUUUAUGCCAGUGUGUGAGUAUGCGUGUAACUUCAUCAGGCUGGGAAUAGACCCACAAACGUUGAAGCCUCCUCACCUCCUGGUCUGGUCUGGCCUGGCGAUGAGACGGAGCAUGUCAGCUGGUGCGUGUGUGUGUGUGUGUGUGUCUGUGUGUGCUAACAACUGGAGAUAAUGACACUCAAGGGCACACAUGGUGGUAAACGACAACCGCUGACUUGCUGUGAUUGAAAAGUAUCUUAAUGUAAUUUGGAAACCUCUCUCCACCCUGUCAUGCACCACCGAGGAAAUAUUACAUCCAACAGCAAGCGUGCACGUACCAGAGUGUGUAUGUGAGAGUGUGCGGCAGAGGGGCGGUGAUUUUCCAGAUUGCUGGAUCGCCUAAUUACCCCUUUGGGUUUGGGAAUCACGCCCGGAGUCUUUUAAGCACAAAGGAGGAGAAGAAAGGGAAGGAGAUGAUUUAGUCUGGCUUUUGGCUCGCGACAGAGAAAUGAACUGAAGGAAGAAGGAGGCUGGAAGUUGAGACUGUCCAGGUCAGAGUCAUGAUGUGGAACUGUGCAAGCAAAGUGAAAGAAGACUGGGCUAUGGCUGGACUUCCUCCUGGAACUAAUUUAAUGCUUGAAGAAUUGUCGCACGCGCACAGAUCUGGGUGCUGUAUUCAGAAAUGUUUUGAAUCUCAUGAUUUGGACUUUGGAGUGAAUAUCUACCAGCCAAUCUAAGGAUCUACACCUGGGGAUUAUUUUUCCGGGUUAAAACGUGGUUUUAAAGACGUUUUGAUCCCACAUCCUGCCAUCUUAUCCGAGCGAGGAUGAGGGGGGACAGGAGGUCUGCGUCCUUUCGGAAGGAGAAACCGCCGGGCCUGUCCCGGGCUCUCAGCUGGCUCAGCGUGUCCACCCUCUCCCGCCAGAGCAGACGCAUCUUCCACAGCCAGAGCGAGCUCCACGCUGUCCACCAUCGCCACACGUACUCGCACUCGCACACUCACCUUCAUGCUGCAGACGGAGAUGAGGAUGAUGAUGAUGAUAACUGGGUGUACCAGCCUCAACACAAAAUAGCGGUGUCUAACCUGGAUGAAGAGAGCAAGUGGACGGUUCAUUACACAGCCCCAUGGCAUCAGCAGGAAAACGUCUUCCUACCAGGCAGCAGGCCGCCCUGCGUAGAAGACCUCCACCGUCAGGCCAAAGUCAACCUCAAGACCGCCCUGCGAGAAUGUGACAAGUUGAGGAAAGAUGGUUUCCGGAGCUCCCAGUACUACUCUCAGGGUCCCACUUUUUCUGACCCCGACUCAGUCCACCAGCAGCCUGCAGGAGAUGAGGACGAUGAAAAUGACAAGAAGUCCACUGCUUCAUCGGCGGAGGACGACAAAUCUCAGCUCUCCAUGAGGCCCCAGACCCCGCAGGCAGGGGAGGAGGACGGGGAGGGGUCUGAGGUUGACAGACAGGUGAUAUGGAACAAGGCCACACCCCUCCCCACCCCGGAGGAGAAGAUGAGGCAGGCGGCCCAGGCCGUGCCCACAGACAUAGUUGCCAUCAACGUCACAGGGGCAGUGUUUGACCGACAGGCGAGCAUCCGGCGCUCCCUCAUUAACACUGACACCGUGUCCCGCCGGCCCAAGAAGGUCAAACGCAGAAAGACUAUAUCAGGGCUGCCUGACAACAUCAACCAGGAGCUAGCAGCAAAAGGACGCGGCGGAGAGCUCCGGCCGCAUUCCAUGUUCAUCCCGGGACAGUACUCCACUUUGGGCCGAGUUGGAAGCGUCAACUCAACACUCCGACGUUCAGACACCAGGGACACGAGCUGCCAGACAGAAGAAGUGAAGAUUGUGCCCCCGUCCAUGAGGAGAAUUCGGGCGCAGAGAGGACAGGGAAUCGCUGCUCAGAUGGCCGGCAUUUCUGCUUCCUCCUCAACAGGAAGUAUAUCCAUCUCCAGCAGUGACAGUUCUGGGAUCCUGAUGCUGCCGCAUCAGUUCAACGGAGACCCUUCCCGUUUCCACAGUCUGCCCCGGCAGGGCGCCAGGGUGUCCCUCAGUGCUGAUCCCAUCUAUAGCAGCACUCCCAUCAAGUCAGACGAGCAAACUACGCCUCAGAGGCAGAUUGGAAAGCUUCAGGCUGAUGAUACAGUGGUGCACAUGAGAAACGCCCCAAGGACAGGCACCCUGCCCAGGCCCAAGUCGCAGGAGGUGAGAGGGACACAGUCCAGUGAGUGGAGUGGAGGUCCAGCUUGUGUGGUUUCUCCACAUGCUGCCUAUUCAACCUCACUCAUCCCCAAUGCCACCCUGUCUAGCUCCACUGAGGUCAUUACCCUCAACACCUCUGGUCAUCUCACCCACUCCCCGGUCUCUGUUUAUCCCACUGCCCGGCCGCUCAGUCUGGCUUCCUCCACCAACACCGACUCCCUGAUCUCCAGUCCAGCAGCCUUCACCCACAGCUCCACCUGCCCCGCCUUGGCCACAUCUACUCCCACUCAUACACCACAGGAUGGAGGUCUGGUUGUUGCAGCACCCGCUAGCGAGUCAGGCCACUCGGACAGCAGCAUACACAGCCACAGCACCUUGGCCCCCACACCUCCGUCCUGUGUGCCAGAGGAGCAGUGGAUCUACGACACGCCAGAGAACGUGGUGAUCCCUCACCGCACCCUGACCUCCAGCUGCUCCACUCCUAUCAACCAGCUGUAUAGCAGCCUGGACCUCUCCUCCAGGACCACUACUGAUUCCAGCUCCCUUUAUUCCCAGGAUAAUGAUGGAUACUACACCUCCAUGCACCUGGACUCCGGCCUGCGCUCUCGCAGCCACGGCAGCGGGCACGGGGCAGCAGCUGGACGGGCCACCAGGCACAGCAUGUACGAGUGCCGCGAGAUGGCCAAUCAGGAAGACUCUGGGAGCUUGUACAGCGAUCGCUCUCUAUCCCGCAGCAUUUCCCUUCGCAAGGCUAAGAAGCCCCCGCUGCCCCCAGCCCGCACAGACUCUCUGAGACGCAGGUCCACUGCGAAAAAGCCCCUUGGAGGCGUCAGCGCCAUCAGUGGUGCUAACGAACCAAACGGCGCCAUGCUUAAUGAGACUCUAAUUGCCAGUCUGCAGCAAAGUCUACAGAUGGGGCUGAGGGGAGGGAAAGGAACGGGAGCUUCACCGUCCUCACCCUCUCACAGCCCAAGCAGCGACUACGAUGACCCUUGGGUGCUCCGGCCACGUAGUCAAAGUAGCAUUAGUGCAGGUAGCUCUGCAGCAUCACUAGUUGCUAAUGUAAACGGUGGCGCCGUGUCUAACGUCUACUCGCUAUGCCACGUGACGCCUGCUCACAGCGACACCAGCAGCUUGCGUUCAGACUAUGCCGAUUCCUGGGGUUAUUACAUGGAUUACCCUCGUAACCAUGGAGACCAGAGGGCGCAAACCCCUCCGGCCACAGAGAACAUGACAGCUGGGGCUCAUCCAGGAGAGCUGCAGAAUGGAGGAGAGAUUCACAGCAACAGCCAGGCCCCUGGCGCUCCAGGCAAGGAUGGAAGGGUGGUGGUGAAGCCCAAAACAUCCACCUCCUCCCCGGACAGGGUGCACAGACUGACCUCCCCAUCUAGUGGCUACUCCAGCCAGUCAAACACCCCCACAGCUGGAACCCCAGUGCCCUCGUUCGUCAGGUCCAUGUCUCCCUCGGGCAGCCGGCCCAAGCCCAAGGUGCCCGAGAGGAAGUCGUCUCUCCUCUCCUCUGUAUCCAUGUCCUCCUCUUCCACCUCCCUCUCCUCCAACACCUCUGACUCACUGAAGAGUUUGGGUCCUCCUCCUCCACCACCCCCGCCCCUGCCCCUCUCCUCCUCCUCCUCCGCUCCCAACACCCCUCUCAGCCCGCCUCCGCCCUUCCCUCCCCCGCCUCCGCCGAGUUUGAGCGCAGGCUCCCCGACUCCCCUGCCAGCUCCCCCGCUGCCAAGCACCCCACAGGGAACUUCUCUGAGCCCGCUCCCUACUUGCUCCACCUCCCCAGAAUUCCCUCCUCCUCCAUCCCCUGAAACCCUAAUCCACCCUAGUUCAUCCUUCAACGGGAGCUUCAGUCCUCCCCCUCCACCUCCCCCUCCUGUUCCUUCUUUUGAGCCCCCUCCACCUCCUCCACUGCCUGCUUUUGUUCCCCCUUCCUCCUCCCCAUCUCUUGUGAAGGCAGCGAACGAUGCUCCCAAACCAUCUAUUUCCAACAGCCCCACAAAGUCAUCUAAACCCCUGAUCACCCCGUUUGCGCUGCAGAGCGUUCAGCUCCGCUCAGUCAAGCGGCCAGAGAACGAGAUUAACGGCAAAUCAGAGCACACCAAAGCUCAGGAAACAGGAGUGGACCUCCUUCAGGAUCUAAAGCCCCAGACCCUGGAGAAAUGUCACUCCAAGGAGCAUCCCACUGUGUUACCUGUGUUUAACAGCUCCCCAGAAGAUGAUUCACGCGAUUCCUCACCGUCACCUGUGUCAAAGCUCUUAGAAGAAUUGUCAUUAGACUGCAGUAUCACAAAUGAGACAGCAGAUAGUGCUGUCGUAAAUGGAAAAGCUGAGGAUGAGAGCUACUUUCUCUUAAAUGGUAAAGAAACAGAUAGAGGACAAGAACCAUCGCCCACAAGUCCCCCACAGAGUUCCCAAAGCUCCCCUGUCAAACAGAAGCCCCCGGCGGUCUCCAAGAAACCCAAACUCUCUUUUCUCCCACAACUUAGCCCCCAACUAAUCAAUGAACAGGUUCCAGCUCAGCAUGAGGAUACGACCAGCCUGUCCCAAGCAGAAGACCAAGUAGAUGCCCCGCAAAGACAGACAAAGGAAGAGGAGAAAGAGAAGAAAAGUGAGCAACAGGAGGAGGGGGAGAUUUCAGAGAGCUCUGAGCUAUUAGCAGAGAGCAGCGAAGCAUACUCAGAAAUCCAGGACGACUCUCAUAUCUCCGCUUCUGCGAGCCAGGAGACAAAUCUUCACUAUGGACUGUGUACCAAUGGAGGGGCUCACGAAGAGGAAGAAGAGGAGGGAGAUGGAACAAGCAGCACGACUGGAUCCAUCAGCUCCAAGGAGGAUGACCCAGGUGAGGUGUUUGACUCCAGUACGGCUGAAUCGUCUCCAGUCCCGUCGACCAACGGGGAGAACAUGGUGACCCCGACUCCAACACGGCCAAGAACCACAGAGGACCUCUUCGCCGCCAUUCACAGGUCAAAGCGGAAGGUCUUGGGUCGCAGGGAAUCUGAGGAGGACAAGUCCCGGACGGGGGGCCAGCCACAGUCUCCGCCUGUCACCCCCACAAGCAGUCCCCCAGUGAUGAUCUCCUCUCUGCCCCGGCAGACGGGCUCCAUUCAGCGCAACCUCCGCAAGUCCUCCACCAGCAGUGACACCUUCAAGGCCCUUCUCCUCAAGAAGGGCAGUCGCUCCGAGACGAGCUUCAGGAUGUCUGCCGCUGAGAUGCUUCGCUCCACUGAUCCCCGCUUCCAGCGGACGCGCUCUGAAUCAGCGUUGGACCCCCCCGCCGCUUCGCCCUCCUCCCCGACAGCGCAGCACAGCCCCUGCGCUUCCCCAGGCCGCGGCAAACGGGCCACAGAUGAGUGGAGCCGCUACGAGGCCUUGGCACUGUCCUCACCGACUUCCCCAUCCUUCUCAAUGAGUGGGUUUAAGUAUGGGCGCUCUCGCACUCCGCCCUCUGCUGCUAGCAGCAAGUACAACGCGCGCAGUCGAAUCCUCAGCAGCCCAAUGACUGUUAUCUGCGAGCGUGAGGGGGAGCUGGCUGAGAGCGAGUACGGAGAUGCUGCAGAGAGUCCGUCUGGACCCGAAAUCCAGACUGUCCCUGUGCUUAAUGACUCCAAUGGCACUUUAUCUGAAGAGAGCAGAAGUUAAAGAGCAAAGAACUGCCCCUACGAUUCAGGGAGCUGGACUCAUUCGUUGUAACCAGGUAGGGGGCAGGAAGAGGAGCCAAUAGAAGGCCCUCUAGAGACACCUUCCUGUGCCCCACCCCCUCUGCGUAGCCUCUGAGGGAGUGUCAGGUCCUGAUGCGAGGUCAGAGGUCGCUCCAUCAUGGACCAGGCUGAACUUAGUCUGAAGUGGAGAACUGGUUGUUCUGCAGCUUUUCAAGACUCCCAUGAUUCUCACUCUCUCCUUCGUUUGGUGACUCACCCUUUGUGUUAAAAGAAUAGUGUUUCUUUUACACCUGGUGUUCUUAGUUUGUUUUCUAUUUGUUUUGCUUUUUUUCCCCAACUUAACCUUGUCCUUAACAUGCAGGAACCCUUUAGUUUCUCUGAAGGACAAGAUCCAGAUGGCAUACCAAGGUGAAUCGAAGGAAGUGAAAUGUCACAAGUUGUUUGCUUAACUUUGCUGCUGUGGUGCUACGUAGCUAGGCAGUUGGAAAGAGUGGAAUGUAAAAGGCGUGCUGGGUGCUCGUCUAGUAAAACCUUCUCAGCUUCUGCUUCUCUCCUGUUGGCUCUGGAAAGUGUUUGAUGGCACCAUGGUCGGUGAACGUUGGCUUCAGACAGCCCCUAUUGCUAUGGAAAGAACUCGAGGACGUGGUACAACGGACAGCUCCACGGUACAACUUCAGUUAGCGGUUAUCCGCCAGGGUUUUUUGCUUUCUGCUCUUACAGUUCAGUGGUUUAGUUUGCAGAGCUGGGGCGUAUUCAGAGGUCCAUAGAAAGUGCAGAGGGCUCGGUGCUGCCACCUAGUGGUGUGCAAGAAGUGGACAAGAAGUGGUUGGGGGUACGAUAGCUCAACCAAAACAGCAAAUUUACUCUAUAAAAAAGGCUCAUAAAACCUUUAUUAAUUAACUUUUAGUUUGUAGAUUUUGCACUGUGCAUAGGUCUUUUUUUUGUUUGUGACUUAAAAAGUAUGUUUUAAAGAUUGUUUUAAUAAACAAGUGAUGUUAUGA